AUGACUCCGGCCCCACAAGCUGACACUGUCAUUGACAACAAAAAGGCCGCUAGACUGGCCCCGCAGACUCACGUCUGCUCCAUGCCUUUCUUCACCCAGAAGCCUUAUCGACCUCGGUAACGCUUUUGUCAAAACUUUUGUGUAGUGCCCUCGGGUUUUGAGACGGAAAUAUUGCGAAUCGAGGUUGAUUUCGGUAUGAGAAAAUAGGAAAUUAUUUGGGCGAUGAAUGUGCUGGAAGGUUCGAGUUUAAGACUUCUUUCAUAAGUUGGGUGGUAAUUUUAGUGGUAGAAACUUUUUCCAUCCAAUUAUCCCGGAAGGUGCUCAGUGGCGCAGAGGAGCCUGGAUGAAUAUUUAAAAAUUUAUAAUUUUCGGUUCAUUUUCAUUUUUUUUUUUUGGUUUUUUGUUCAAUGGAGUUAUAAAAAUAUAGAAACUGAUUACUGGGGACUAUAAAUGGAUUAUUUUGUUUUAGUUUGGAAGAAAACACUUUUUCAGCCAAGAGCAGCAGAUUGAAUUGGCGCCAGCGAACACCCAUUUGGAGCAUUUGUCGCGGCUGGACAUCCGAGAGGCGCCGCACGUCGUCCGCAAGACGGGUAUCAUUUGCACGAUCGGGCCGGCAUGUGCCAGCGUCGAGAUGCUCCAGAAGAUGAUCCAGAACGGCAUGAACAUCGCUCGUCUCAACUUCUCCCACGGAUCUCACGAGGUUCUUUGCGCAAAAAUUGUGAUAAAUUACUGAAAAACGAUAAAAAAUAAGGAAAAAAUUUGUCUCCAAACUUAGGUCAUCUUUUUGAAAGCGCCAAUCGCUAUUUACCUUGUAUGUGCCUUUUUCACAAAAAGUGACCUGUUUUUUGAUUACAGAAAAUCACCUAGUCUUAAAGAAGCUCGAUUUUUAGAUUUUCAAAGGUUUCAGGUCGAAGAGUGAGUGAUAAUUAGAUUCUAUUUUUCGAUUUACUGCAAGAAAUAGUUCAUUUCUGACCAAAUAGUUUUCAGUACCACGCCAACACGAUCACCAACGUUCGAGCGGCGGCCGAGUCUUUCAGCGAACCGCGUCCCAUUGGAAUCGCUCUUGACACUAAAGGACCCGAAAUCCGAACUGGUCUCCUCGCUGGCGGACCUUCGGCUGAGGUUCAACUUUCUCAAGUUUUUUAUAAUUGAGCUUUUUCAGAUUGAGCUCGUCAAGGGCGCCUCGAUCCGUCUCACAACGGACAACCACUUCCAGGAUUCUGGCACAGCCAUCAACCUCUUCGUCGACUACAAGAACAUUUCCAAGGUUUAGUUAUUUCUCGCGAAUUGGUUGAAGUCGUUGGUUCAGGUCGUCAAAGUGGGCUCCCGCGUUUUCAUCGACGACGGUCUCAUCUCGUUGAUUGUUGAAGACGUUCAGACCGACGCCAUCGUCUGCAACGUCGAGAACGGCGGCAUGCUCGGUUUGUCUCAUUUAAAACUGCUGAUCUACAAAUAAUUCCGGGAAAGAGUUUCAAAACUCAAGUUGGGAUUGUAUCAAGUAUUUUUUCAACACGAAACGACUUUUGAAGAAUUCUUUUUUCCGUUUUUACACAUGUUGCUGUUUAUAGAAAAAGAAGCUGAUCAUAGAAAAAAAAAAGUUUUUUACAGGUUUUUCAAGGAUUUUGCACAAAAUUCGGGUAGCGUCAUUAUUUUCCAACUGAUAGCUUUCUGUGUUCUAGGAUUUCAGGUUUUCCUCACCAAAAAGAAAUUUUCAGGAAGCCGAAAGGGAGUCAACUUGCCCGGAACGAUUGUCGACCUGCCUGCCGUUUCGGAGAAAGACAUCAAGGACCUUCAGUUUGGCGUUGAUCAGAACGUUGACAUCAUCUUUGCCUCGUUCAUCCGCAAUGCUGAUGGCAUUCGUACUAUCCGCAAGGUUGGAUGUUCGACGGGAAGUCUGUCCAAAGUGUUCUUUUCAAGGUUCUUGGCGAGAAGGGAAAGCACAUCAAGAUCAUCGCCAAGAUCGAGAACCAGGAAGGCGUCGACAAGGCGGACGAGAUCAUCGCCGAAUCUGACGGUGUGAUGGUCGCUCGAGGAGAUUUGGGCAUUGAGAUCCCCGCGGAGAAGGUGUUCCUGGCACAGAAGGUUGGUCUGAAGAGGCCACUCUAGUGGACAGUUUCCUCUUGCAGAUGCUCAUUUCCAAGUGCAACCGCGCCGGAAAGCCCGUCAUUUGCGCGACUCAAAUGCUAGAGUCGAUGGUUCACAAGCCGCGCCCCACUCGCGCCGAAGGAAGUGACGUCGCCAACGCUGUCAGUUUCUGUUUUAUUCGUUUCGUCAGGGAAAUUAUAGCUUGGUAAAAGUAGUAGUUCUUUUAAGAAGGCUUCGGGUGAAAUAAUCUGGGCGAAAUUAACGCGAGGUUUGGUUCUUAAGAAAAAAAUUAUUAAUACAAUAGGUAAAACGCGGUUUUUUUCCUUCUAAAGAUUUUCGCUUUCAUAUUUUUCAUAACUAACCUAAAUAGAACACAUUUUUUAAAUUUUCCUCGUAUUUUUUUUUAGAAUCCACAGAAUUUUCUACUUCUUUGCCGUAUUUGAGAUAUUCUCGUUAAAAAAUUGAAUUUUCUAACUUUUCGUAUAGCCACAUAGCGCGCCAAGAGUGGCGAGCCAGUCAGUAGCUCUGAUGGCGCAGCGGAUAACCGUUUGGUCGCGAAUCAGCGCGUCGCAGGUUCGAUUCCUCGGCACGUUUGGGGCACAGAGUUGCAGUCGCUUGAUCUACAGGCGAUUGCGCUAAGUUGUCCCGAAAUAGUUGAUGGGUUUUUGACAUGGGUCGUCGUCUUUCAGUGAGGCUAUCCAUGUAAGAAUUCGUACAUUUUGCUUUUUAAUUUAGAACACGUUUAGUAUAACAUUUUAUACAUCGAGAUAUUAAAAUGAAUUUAUUGGAGUCAAUAAUUCACCAAAAUCAAAAAUUCUAAAGAUUUUCCCAAAAAAAACUUAUAAAAAAAUUUUUCAGGUUCUUGAUGGAGCUGAUUGCGUGAUGCUUUCCGGAGAAACGGCCAAGGGCGAGUAUCCUCUGGAAGCGCUCAAGAUCAUGCACUACAUCUGCAAAGAAGCCGAGGCGGCCAUCUACCACCGCAAGUACUUCGACGAGUUGCAGCAGCUGACGCCCAAGCCGACGGACAUGACGUUGACGAUCGCCCUGGCGGCGACGUCGGCCGCUGUCAGCUGCAACGCUUCAGCCAUUCUGCUCAUCACAACGACUGGAAGGUCGAAUCGUCUUUGCUCCAAGAUUAUCAGAAGAAUUCUUUGCAGAUCGGCCAUUCAGUGCUCGCGAUUCCGGCCGCCAGUUCCCAUCAUGACCAUCUCGCGCAACCUUGGCGUCUGCCGUCAGCUUCAUCUCUACAGGUUCGACUGAGCCUACAAGAAGGAAGUUAAUAAAUUCUCUUCAGAGGCGUCUUCCCUGUGCACUAUAACGCGGAGAGAGCCGCCGACUGGCCGACGGACGUCGACAACCGCAUCAACCACGCGAUCGAGGUCGGCAAGGACCGCGGCUUCAUCCACAAGGGCGACUUCCUCGUCGUCAUCACCGGCUGGCGACAGGGUAAUUCCUUUUCCCUCUCAAAAUCGCAUUAAUUGUUCCUUGAAUGUAAUCGCCGAUACGCGAAAGGAAAUCGAACAUGAUCUAAAUGAUCUAAUUUUUUCAUAUAAAUCAAUUGACGGAAUGAAGGAAGGAAAAUGUAAAAAAAAUCGAAUUCGCAACUUGAGGACGAUGAUGAGGACAAUGGGAAUUCGUUGAUCUCAAGAGUUAUAUCUUUAAAAAAAACUUUUUGACCAGUAACUUAAAAAAAUAUCUCUCACACUCAAAAUUCACUUCUCGAACAACCCCUUUGAAGAUAGAACUUAUGGCAUUUCCAAUUUUAACUCAGAUCUCUGUAAAACAGUUCAGCUUCAUUUCGACUUUUUUUUUUUGAAAUCAUUGAAAUUUUAAGUUAAUAUUAGGAAGUCAAGACAAUUAUCUCUAUUUCUGUUUUAUAAUGAACAUAAAUAUUCGUUUUUUUAUCCAGCGACUGAAAUUUUUUGUUUUCAACACGAAUAUAAUGCAGGAGCCGGCGCUACCAACACUCUGCGCAUCAUCACGGCCAACUGA